AAUUUACUUCUAAAACUUCUAGCAAUAGUAUUAAUUCAUGCGAUGAAUUAAACAAUGAGUUAAGUGAUGAAUUAAGCAGUGAUAGUUUAUCGACAUCAGGUGAAGAUGAAUUUUUUGAAGAUAUUGCUGACAAUGCUUUAAUUCGAAUAAAUUGUCACAAAAUAUUG